AUGAGUUACGCAAACCUCUCAUCUCGCAUAGACAUCAACGCCAACCCGCCAAGCACUAGGGAGGCGCUCACGCUGCGGUUCAUCAAGGCCAACAUGGCGCGCUUCCCAAGCCAUGACAAUGCAACUCAGCACCCGAGGUCGGAAUCCAUACCGUUUGGGGGAGCGCCGCUGACGCGCAAUCGCUCGGCGCCCGUCACUGGUGUGCUAUCAAGAACGACGUCGAUACAGCCGCCGGUGUCGACGCCAUCUGCUAGCAUAACGAGGCAGAGACCGGCCAUGUAUCCGUCGUCACGAAGGCAAAUCAGCGAGCCGGUGAACAUGCAGGGUAUGAGCCCUGAGUCCACACUGGCGUCGAUGCAACGGGACAUAGAGGCGCUCAACCGCGUGCUGCACGACUUCCAGCAGAAUUUCACCAUAUCGCCCGCGGUGACGCACGAAGCGAGGGACGGCAGGCCUUUGGUGCGCCGGCAGAGCGAACGCGUCACCGAGGUGCACGCAUUAUACGAUGGCGUCGAUAACGGCCUCAGCCCGAUGACGUACGACCCUCAUUCAGUGCCGGUGGCACGCUCGCCGCGCAGCGUACUGGACGACGAGCAGAUCAACUUCAUGAACCCGGACCAAAUGCUACAGGACGUCCAGGAGUACGAGGACGCCGUGCCCACGCCAGUUGGGCUCGCGGACGAAAUCAUCUCGCAGUUCCCGGUAGCGAUGUUCGACGCCCCCGCUGCAGAGAAAUGGGACGAGGACACGCGCCGGUGCGCCAUAUGCCUCGAGGAAUACGAGCAGGACCAGCGUAUACGCAGACUCCCGUGCACACACGGAUACCACAAAGUUUGUGUCGACGAGUGGCUAGGGAGGAGCACAAUAUGCCCGAUUUGCAAGUUCGAUUACAGAAUCAUGAUGACCUGA